GACAACUAUCGAUGCCACGACUCGAGUUAUCAGCAGCUCUCACCGGUGCACAACUAGCCGAUCUCCUUCGUAAGGAACUUACCCUAGAGAUCAACAAGGUCACCCUAUGGAGCGAUUCGACCACGGUCCUGCAGUGGUUGAAGUCAGAAUCAUGCCGAUAUAAGGUCUUCGUUGGUACUCGUGUCACCGAAAUACAGACCCUUACAGAUGUGCAGGACUGGCGCUAUGUGGACACCCAGAACAACCCUGCCGAUGACAUUACCAGGGGUAAGUCACUCAAAGAACUGAGUGAAGAAUCCCGAUGGAAGACAGGCCCACUCUAUCUUCGUCAACCUCCGUCUCAGUGGCCGAAAAGUCCAAUCACUGACCCUACAGAGGAUGCAACAGAGCUGAAGAAAGCAACCUUCUGUGGUAAGACUGCCAUUGUAGAAAACCCAUUGCAGCCCGAUCUCCAUCAGUACAACAGCUGGGACGCUCUGGUAGAGGCUUUCAAACUAUCCCUUCACGGGGUGGCCAAACCUGGAGAUGACACAGCACAGUUGCGGGAGGACAUCGAAAAUCUUCUGUACCAAAAAUGUCAACUCGAAAGCUUCCCUGAAGAGCUGUCUGCCUUAAAGGCCAAACGAGGAAUACCGUCCGGGAGCAAGCUCUCACAGUUGGACCCAGCCUAUGACGAAACCGCAAAGCUCAUCAGAGUUGGAGGACGACUACGUAGGGCAGAAAUCCUCUCCGAUGCUGUUAAAUACCCAAUCAUCCUUGAUCCUCAUCACCACAUCACCAAGCUGAUAAUACGUGACUAUGACGAGAAGCUUCUUCACUAUGGUCCAGAACGUAUUCUAGCUGAAUUAAGACGCAAGUUUUGGAUACUCCGGGGAAGGGAGGCAAUUCGUCGUCAUCAGCAUCAAUGCUUUGAAUGCCGCAAAUGGCGCGCAAAACCCGAAGUACCAAAGAUGGGUGAUCUUCCUCCGUCCCGUCUCCGUCUAUUUAAGCCAGCCUUCUACUCUACCGGUGUUGACUGUUUCGGUCCGAUGCAUGUCAAGAUUGGUCGCCGCUCCGAGAAAAGGUGGGGGGUGAUCUUCAAGUGUAUGACGACCAGAGCUAUUCAUAUAGAUCUCUUAGAAGGCCUGGACACCGAUGCCUUCUUGAUGUCCUUUCGGCGCUUCAUUUCCAGACGAGGGAAGCCCUAUGAGUUGCUAUCUGAUUGCGGAACCAAUUUCAAGGGAGCUGAAACUGAAUUACAGGAAGCAUUCCAUGCCAUGAAACCUGACCUUGCUGCACAACUAGGCGACCAGAAAGUGAGAUUCAAGUUUAAUCCACCCAGUGCACCUCACUUCGGCGGAGUGUGGGAGCGAGAGAUCAAGAGCAUUAAAGACGGUCUCAAGGUUGUAAUCAAGGACCAAUCAGUCACCGAAGCCGUACUCCGCACCGUCCUGAUAGAAAUUGAAGGCAUCCUCAAUUCCAAGCCAUUGGGCUACAUCUCAUCUGAUGUUGCAGACAUCAAUCCCAUAACUCCGAAUAUCCUACUGAUGGGACGCCAUGACCAGUCACUUCCGCAAGUAGUAUACCCUGUCGACGAGCUGAUAGGACGACGCCGAUGGCGCCACAGCCAAGUACUAGCGGACCAGUUCUGGUCACAUUUCCUGAAAUACUACCUGCCAAGCCUCCAACUUCGCCCAAAAUGGCAAAAGGACUGCCGUAACCUCACCUGUGGCGAUGUUGUCAUGAUUGCCGACCCUCAGCAGCCUAGAGCUCAUUGGCUAGUUGGUAGAGUCAUCGAGACACUUCCUGGAGUUGAUGAUCGCAUCCGAGCAGCCAGAGUUAAAGUCGCUGAUCGCGAAUACACCAGACCCGUUGCGCGUCUGAUACGCCUACCUGAGAUCACCGAUAGUGAAGACCCCUAGAGUUGGACACCUAUCGUGGACUUUUGAAGACUUUCUCUGUUUGAUAAAAUUUAGAGCCUAAAUUUGGGGUGGCUGUCAGAAAGUCUCCGCAUCAGGACAGUUUUUGUUAUAGCGCCCUCUCUUGAAUCAAAAUCUCCAAUGUUUCCAUGAUCAUACCAAUCGCCAUUUUACAAGUCCAAAUCCAAACUAAUCACGUAAAUUCCUCAAAUAAUUCCUAAAUAUCCAGGUUAAUCCAAUCAUCGAAUCACUUCUAUUAAUCACCAAAGUCCCGUGCGUGCAUCCUAAUCAACCACGGGUAUAUGAUCACCAAUAAAUCAAAGUUCAAGUACACCUUCUUUUCAAAAGUUA